UCUGUAAAUUCGGCGGCCCGGGAGGGGGUGCGGGUGAGCCCACGCUGCAUGUUGCUUCCGACCACUGGAUACGAGACUGUUCCUGUGUCACCAACACACACUGAUAGAGCCUUGCUUCGACGUGCGUGUCAUGGCUUAAAAAUAGAUGCUCAUCCGUCAAGAGGUCUGGCAGUGGAAACCACGGCAGCGGCGGCAGCGGGAGAGUCAUGGCCGAGGUGCUGCGGGCUCCUUCCAUCUGCCUCCGGGACUGAGACCCCCGCCGCGCAGAGAGCAACAGCUACCUGGAGACUGGCCCAUCAUCACUGCAGCCCAUCCAGCAGCUGCCACGGUUUCUGCCGCCUCUAAGAUGUGCCCUGGUAACUGGCUCUGGGCCUCCAUGACUUUUAUGGCCCGCUUCUCCCGGAGUAGCUCAAGGUCUCCUGUUCGCACUAGAGGGGCCCUGGAGGAGAUACCAGCUGUUCAACAUCCCUUCCUCAAUGUCUUUGAGUUGGAGAGACUUCUCUACACAGGCAAGACAGCCUGUAACCACGCCGAUGAGGUCUGGCCAGGCCUCUAUCUCGGAGAUCAGGACAUAGCUAACAACCACCGUGAGCUCCGGCGUCUGGGCAUCACCCACGUCCUCAAUGCCUCACACAGCAGGUGGCGAGGCACGCCUGAGGCCUACGAGGGGCUGGGCAUCCGCUACCUGGGUGUCGAGGCCCAUGACUCGCCAGCCUUUGACAUGAGCAUCCACUUCCAGACCGCUGCCGACUUCAUCCACCGGGCCCUGAGCCAGCCAGGAGGGAGGAUCCUGGUGCACUGUGCCGUAGGAGUCAGCCGAUCUGCCACCCUGGUGCUGGCCUACCUCAUGCUGUACCACCACCUCACCCUCGUGGAGGCCAUCAAGAAAGUCAAGGACCACCGAGGCAUCAUCCCCAACAGGGGCUUCUUGAGGCAGCUCCUGGCCCUAGACCGCAGGCUGCGGCAGGGUCUGGAGGCAUGAAAGAGGGGGAAGAAAGUUGGUCGGGCCAGGUGUGUGGGUCCCUGGCUCCCAGCUGGAGAGAGGAGGCCCAGGUGGCAGGUAGCAGGAGGCCCAGGAAACCCACCCUCUCCUGUAGGCAGGAGUGUGAGAGGGCUGGGGCGCGGCGGCCCCAAGCCACCAUUGCUAUUUGUUAGGAGGAAAUAGAGAGUGAGGGUGGGGAGCACACAGGAGGGAGCUGACCAGGGAAAGAAGAAAUUAGCCUGUAAGUAGAAGUUAGUCCUGGGAUUCGGACACCUCUGGACUCCAACCAGGGUGCCACCAGUGAUUCAGAGCCCCUUCCCCUGUUUGUGCCCAACUGUCCCCCUCUCUCACUUAGCAAAACAAAAGGGUCAUCUCUGUCCUGUGCUUGUGCAGGGAGUCAGGGAUGUGGCAAACAUAAAUGUGAUAGUGGAGAGCUGUGUGGAGAUGGUAGUAUAGAGACAGACGGUGAAGAGAUGGUGUGAAAGCUGUGAAACCCGAAGGAGAAACCUACAGACUUGUUACUCCAAGCACAGGAAGAGGAGGUGUGGGAGGGUUGGCACUGUGCCCGUGGGUGCAUGACUGGGAGUCUUUAGAUGAUCACUCGCUCACUGGAUCCAGGUGUCUUGAGGGAAAAUAAAGAUGGUGGACAAGAAGAAA